UUAGCAGCCAGCCACCGACAGCCAGGCAAGACAUAAGCAAGGAUAGACAAGAAAGGAAGCAAUGACUCCAAAUGUGGAUAGCCAGUCCUUUGGCACAGUACACUACUCCAAUGUCUAUCUCUCCAUAUUCGCUCUGUUUUGCGUCAAGCUCUUUGUCAAGAUCAGCCUGAAUAUUCUCACCCACUUCUAUGUGGUGAAGGGGAAUCGGAAGGAGGCUGCCCGCAUUGCAGAAGAGUUUUAUGAUUUUGGACAAGGGCACAGGUCAUGGGCGGACCGGUCCCCUCUCCACGAGGCAGCGUGUCAUGGCCGUCUCCUGGCCCUCAGGACCCUACUCUCACAGGGUUACAACGCAAACAUCCCUACCAUAGACCAUGUGACGCCGUUGCAUGAGGCUUGCCUAUCAGACCACGCGUCAUGCGCCAAGGCGCUUGUCGCAGCUGGUGCCAAUGUAAAUGCCACCACCAUUGAUGGGGUGACGCCACUGUUCAAUGCCUGCUCAGCGGGCAGUGCCACCUGUACAGAGGUACUGCUGGAAAACGGUGCCAAGCCCCAGUCAGAGAUGUGCCAGCCCUCGCCCAUACACGAAGCCUCCAGCAAAGGCAGAAGUGCUUGUCUGGAGGCGCUGAUCACAUGGGGAGCAGACGUGGACUAUGAUAUUCCUCACCUGGGAACCCCCCUGUACAUCGCCUGCAUCUCCUCAGGACUCCAGUGCACACAGAAACUCCUCGAAGGAGGGGCCAAUGUGCAGAAGGGCAGGUUCCUGGAGAGCCCGCUCCAUGCAGCAGCUCAGAAGGACUGUCCUGAGAUCAUCAAUGUGUUGUUAGAGUUUGGAGCGAACAUUAACGCUAAAAACCUAGAGCUGAAGAGACCGGUGGAGUCAGCCCCACCUAACAGCUCAGCAGAGGAGACGUUACUGCUGCAUGAAGCAACACCUCAGUCACUAUGUCAACUGUGUCGUCUCAGUGUCAGAGAUUAUAUGGGUCGAUCUCGACUACACCUCAUCCCUCAGUUACACCUCCCCAACCCUCUCAAACGCUUCCUCCAGUACAGAUAGAACACAACGCUCUCUGUCUGUCUGUCUGUCUGUCUGUCUGUCUGUCUGUCUGUCUGUCUGUCUGUCUGUCUGUCUGUCUGUCUGUCUGUCUGUCUGUCUGUCUGUUGCUCUCUCCCUUCCCCUCUCUGUUUCUCUCUGUCUUCCUCUCUCUUUCUCUUUCUAAAUGAGAGAGCAUCAUCACAAUAGAGGAUAUUAUUUCUCCCACCCUCUCUCUUUCUCUCUGUUUCUCUCUCCGUCCAUCUUUAUCAUCAAGGGAAUGUUUUAUUACUCACUGAACCUUGUUUCUUUUUAACCCAGAACCUCAAAUGCACCGAAUCCCUCCCAUUCACUGACAUCUGUUUCCACUCUUUCUCUGAAGCACCUACGUACAAGGUCAUGUAAAUAUGUAUAUUCUGUUACAUUGACCAAAACAACAACUCUUAUGCUAAUCAGAUGUACUGUGAAUAAUAUUGCAUUUCAAUUAUUUUCUUAUAUAAUAUUAGCCAACUAAUAUAUUAACGUGACCCGUAUAUGCAUAACUCACUGAAAAAUGUGCAGUAUUUUGCCAAAACUCAUUUCACAUACCUCUCACCUGUUUCACUCUAAUAAAUAAGAAUGUUAUUCCAUGAUGUGGUUGUCUUGGAGAUGAUAUUUCUGGCAUGUUCCGGCUGUGGUUUAGUUCAGUCGUUUUUCAAUCUAUUUAGAAGAUCCUUUUCCAUGAAUCAAAACUCAAAUAUAUCCUGCUCACAAAUGUUACAUGUUUACAUUGGUAUCGUCUUCAUGGUACAAAAACUAACAUUUUGAUAUUUUCAUGAACACAUUUUAUAAACUGCAAUGGCAGUACAAACAAACUGUACAUAUGUCAAUAAGUAAAACACAAUCAAUAAAUACAUAUGUAAAUAAA